CCAGCAGAAAGGUGACUAUUGCAUAUUUUCAUUCCAGAACUCUGAAUUGUGUAAACAAGCUGAUGGACGAAGAUGAGAAGGACAGGGCAAAGAGGGCAUCACGCAACAAGUCAGAGAAGAAGAGAAGAGAUCAGUUCAAUGUCCUCAUUAGGGAGCUGUGCACUAUGCUGCAAGGCCAUGGCCAUCCACUCAAGAUGGACAAGUCUACAAUCCUACAGAGGACUAUUGACUUUUUACAGAAACAGAAAGAAGUCACAGCACAAACUGAAGCCUGUGAGAUUAGACAAGACUGGAAACCCUCAUUUCUUAGCAAUGAGGAGUUCACUCAGUUGAUGUUAGAGGCAUUAGACGGCUUUCUCAUUGCACUAACCACUGAUGGGAUUAUUAUUUAUGUAUCUGAUAGCGUCUCUUCUCUUCUUGGACAUUUACCGUCAGAUUUGGUGGACCAAAAUAUAUUAAAUUUUCUACCUGAGUGUGAACAGAACAAUGUGUACAAGCUACUUUCACCCCACAUGCUCGUGACAAACCCAGUAACCUCCGAUUUUCUAAACACUGAAAAACAAAUCGAGUUUUGCUGCCACUUAGCCCGAGGAAACUUGGAUCCAAAUGAACCCAUUACGUACGAAUACGUCAAAUUUGUAAUGGAUUUCAAACAUUUUUCCCAUGUGCCUACAUCUUCUUACAACGGCUUUGAGAAUCCUGUCACACGUGUGUUCCGGUCAGUCAGUGACGACCAGGUCUGUCUAGUAGCAACGGUUCGUCUCAAUACUCCGCAGUUCUUGAAGGAACUUUGCAACGUGGAAGAUCCCUGCGAAGAAUUCACGUCGCGGCAUAGUUUAGAAUGGAAGUUUUUGUUUUUAGAUCACAGAGCUCCACCUAUAAUUGGCUAUUUGCCUUUUGAGGUUCUGGGCACAUCAGGUUAUGACUACUACCAUGCUGAUGACUUAGAGCUUCUUGCUAGGUGCCAUGAACACCUGAUGCAGUUCGGGAAGGGCAAGUCUUGCUACUACAGAUUCUUGACCAAAGGCCAGCAGUGGAUCUGGUUACAGACCCGUUAUUACAUCACCUACCAUCAGUGGAACUCCAAGCCCGAGUUCAUUGUCUGCAGUCACAUGGUUGUCAGCUAUGCUGAGGUUCGAGCUGAAAGGAGAAGGGACCUUGGCCUUGAAGAAUCAUCUAUUGAACUGGCGUCUUCAUCCUUGAAGAGUCAAGGGAGUUACAUCGAUGCCCGGCAAUGCGUGACCACCAACCAAGAAGUCAGCCGUGAAGGGGUGUCCGUGUCUUCUCACAGCUCCCGCCGAUCUUCUCGCACAGCGCUCUCCGACUCUGCAUCCACGUCAUCCAUGCGGCACACCGAGGCCAGCACCCCUACUCGGCAACCCUUGUCCUUGGGGCAGCCAGACAAGGUCCCCUUACAGCUCGCCUCCAGCAGCAGCACACAGGGCAUUAUAACUCCCCCCGAGCAUCUUGUGCAGUACCACAUGACGCAGCCCACUGUUCCUGCACAACAAGCAGUUAUGCCCGUGUACCAUUUCCCAACACAAAUGGGGAUGAUGCAUCAGCUGAAGGAGCAGCUGGAAGAGCGGACACGCAUAUUGCAAGCGGACAUCAAGACCCAGCAGGAGGAGCUGCACAUCAUCAAGGAGCAGCUGCAGUUUGUGCAAGACUCCAAUUUGCAGAUGCUCAUGCAGCAGUCUAUGCCUGUGGUCUUCAGCGCUGUGCAGCCCCAACAGAGCCCAAGAAGGCAACAAACAGGAGCAGCCUUAGGGAGCAGGCCAGCUGCUUCCAAGAAGUCCCAACAGCAGCAAAGCAUCAUGGGAUCAAAGCAGUUUGGUGGCACUCCCUUGGCCUCCCAGCCAUCCUUCCUCAGGGAAUCUUGCGUCACAUCAACCCAGGGGCAGCCACCACAGCGAAAGCAUGUUGUGAGAGGAAGCCAGGUCCAGCCGGUGUGCAUGCCUGUGCAGAUGAGCAUUUCACUGCCUGUCUAUAACAACCCCAUGGUUUUUUCUCAAACACACCCUAUCGCUGUGCCCCCUCCAAUGCAACCUGAACUGAGCGAUAGGCCACUGCCACCUGAUUACAACGAAGAUCGAAGUUUAAGGAUGUUGUUAGAUCAACCCGUGCAGCCAUUGAUGUCCAGCGGGAACGGGAGCAAUCAGAACCCCCAAAGCAACACGAGUAGGCAACAGACCAAUUUUGCUCAAGAACAGCAAAGUCUGCCUUCAGCAAUACAGAUGCAACCCGUCACAUGUGCAGCCAUCCGGGCCGCUGCCCCAUCUCCUGGAUUCACCCCCUCUGGGAUGAUUCCACACCCGAGUGUGACAGCCCAGCAAAGCCACCCAGCCAGCACCCUCCACCAGUGGCAACCACAGCCACUUCAACAGCAUCACCUUUACGUUCAGAUGCAGAGUGCAGCUGAACCAGGCCAGAACCAACACUUAUUCCAGCAGCCUCCUCUCCCGCAACAGAACACCACCAUGGGUUAUUUCCACCACCCACAGCCCCCGAGCCAUCACCUACAAGGGCAGCAGUGCAGUUUACAAGACUUGCCCGAAAUGCAGCUGCCUUGAGGUCUCGAGUCAAAAGGAUGGUGAUGCUUACCAUGGGAACAGCGAAUGCUGAGUGCUGGGGAGGAGCCUUGGUGCUCCUCCAAAGGCAAGGCUGGCCGUGAGAAGGAAUGCCCGGGGACGGAGGACAAGGAGUGGAGAGCAACAGCUGGCACUUUUUCUGCUUGGAAAACCCACCCAGCGGCACCUCUCCAGCAAAACCAGUUCAAAAGGCAAAUCUGGUACCCUUGGCUGCCCAGAUUGGGCGUGCAGCAGAACAAGCGCAG